GGAACGGGAGCCUUCACUAGACUGGGAUCUUUGAAGCCGGCUGUGGUACAGUUUUGUGCAAGUUCUCGAGUGGCAGCGAAUAGCGGGAAUAGCCAUCACUACCAAGGGCACAAUCGUGAGACACCAUGAAAGGUUAUUUGCUUCUGCUGCUAAUCAGCAGUGUCUUUGCUGAUGAGGAUGAUAAGAAAGAAAGUGUUGGUACUGUAGUUGGGAUUGAUCUUGGUACAACUUACUCUUGUGUUGGUGUCUACAAAAAUGGACGUGUGGAAAUUAUUGCCAAUGACCAGGGAAACAGAAUCACUCCAUCAUAUGUGGCCUUCACAACUGAUGGUGAACGUCUGAUAGGUGAUGCUGCGAAGAACCAGCUCACCUCUAACCCAGAGAACACUGUUUUUGAUGCCAAGCGGCUUAUUGGGCGAACCUGGAAUGACCCAGCAGUACAGCAAGAUGUCAAAUACCUACCUUUUAAGGUAAUUGAAAAGAAGAACAAGCCUCAUGUCCAACUUGAUAUUUCUGGUGAGGUCAAGACUUUUGCUCCAGAGGAGAUAUCUGCCAUGGUAUUGACUAAGAUGAAAGAAACUGCUGAGGCUUACCUUGGCAAGAAGGUCACACAUGCUGUGGUAACAGUACCUGCUUACUUCAAUGAUGCUCAACGUCAGGCUACAAAGGAUGCUGGCACUAUUGCUGGUUUGAAUGUCAUGAGGAUCAUCAAUGAGCCAACUGCGGCUGCAAUUGCCUACGGGCUGGACAAGCGAGAGGGUGAAAAGAACAUUCUGGUGUUUGACCUUGGUGGCGGUACUUUUGAUGUGUCACUGCUUACUAUUGACAAUGGGGUUUUUGAAGUGGUUGCUACAAAUGGUGACACUCAUCUAGGUGGUGAAGACUUCGACCAGCGUGUGAUGGAACAUUUUGUCAAGUUGUACAAGAAGAAAACUGGAAAAGAUGUUCGAAAGGAUAACAGAGCCGUCCAGAAACUUCGCCGUGAAGUUGAAAAGGCCAAACGCGGUUUGUCUUCCCAACAUCAAGCUAGAAUUGAAAUUGAAUCUUUCUUUGAGGGUGAAGAUUUCUCUGAAACCUUAACACGUGCAAAAUUUGAGGAACUGAAUAUGGACCUCUUCCGAUCAACCAUGAAGCCUGUGCAGAAAGUGAUGGAAGAUGCUGAUCUGAAGAAAACUGAAAUUGAUGAAAUUGUACUUGUGGGUGGCUCCACUCGCAUUCCUAAAAUUCAGCAGCUGGUAAAGGAGUUCUUCAAUGGCAAGGAACCAUCUCGUGGAAUCAACCCUGAUGAGGCUGUGGCAUAUGGUGCAGCAGUACAGGCUGGUGUCCUCUCGGGAGAGGAAGAUACUGGUGAUCUUGUUCUCUUGGAUGUUUGUCCUUUGACUCUUGGAAUUGAAACUGUUGGUGGUGUCAUGACCAAGCUAAUACCACGUAAUACUGUGGUUCCAACUAAAAAGUCUCAGAUCUUCUCAACUGCUUCUGACAACCAACCGACUGUAACAAUCAAGGUCUACGAAGGUGAACGACCACUGACCAAAGAUAACCACCUGCUUGGUACCUUUGACUUAACUGGUAUUCCUCCAGCACCUCGUGGUGUUCCUCAAAUUGAAGUCACGUUUGAAAUAGAUGUAAAUGGCAUCCUACGUGUUACAGCUGAAGACAAAGGCACUGGAAAUAAAAACAAGAUCACUAUUACAAAUGACCAGAACCGUCUGACCCCAGAGGAAAUUGAGAGAAUGGUGAAUGAUGCAGAGAAAUUUGCUGAAGAGGAUCUAAAACUUAAAGAACGUAUUGAUGCCAGAAAUGAUCUGGAGAGCUAUGCCUAUUCUCUGAAGAACCAGAUUGGUGAUAAAGAAAAACUUGGUGGUAAGCUAUCAACCGAGGACAAAGAAACUAUUGAGAAAGCUGUGGAGGAAAAGAUUGAGUGGCUUGAAAGUCAUCAAGAUUCUGACAUUGAAGAAUUCAAAGCUAAGAAGAAGGAACUUGAAGAAAUUGUUCAGCCAAUUGUAAGUAAGCUGUAUGGAAGUGCAGGUGGACCUCCUCCAGAAGAGGAAGAGGAGACUGAAAAGGAUGAGUUGUAAUCUAAGGACUUCAAUUUUGUAAAUAUUGGACUGUUUGAGAAAGAUUUCUGAAUGAUAAGGACUUAAUUCUUGAAUGUAUGUGCACAAUUUUCACUUGAGUGGACUGAAAAUUCUCAAAGGCUCAUACUUUCUAAUGCAGUUUCAGCAUGAGUUAGCCAGAGGGAGAGCUUGAUUGGGAAAUUGAGUUGUCAAGGCUGAGUACAAUGUUCUCCAGUAUCCAUUUUUCUAUUUAUUUGGAAUCCCUUUGUUUGGUCUGUCAAAGUGUAGAAUGUUUUCUACUGUAUUGACCAAUAAAUGUUUUGUUUGAUACAAACAUUACCUUGUCUAGAGGGUGUAGAUGUCUUUGGGAAAGAAUGCUAUUAUUGAACUGUAUCUUUCAGAGUCUUGACUUCAUUGGAGUUUCAAAAUUAAGUAAAAAUAACUUUUUUUUGAUUUCAGAUUAUUUUGACAUGCAUCUUGAAUGCACCAAGUGUUUUGGAUUGUGUACCAUGCCACAACUUAAUCAAAUCAGUGGCAAUUUUUUGUGACUUUAAAUGCUGAUUUUAAACUCCUAGGAAAGUAAGGUUCUGUUGUGUGCAUCAAGUAGAAUGAACAGACAGCAUGCAUGCAUGCAUACAUACAUACAUACAUACAUACAUACAUACAUACAUGGCAGACUUGGCUAUUCAGUUAAACUUGCUCUGACCAACCUUACGUUGUUUUCCCCUGUCUAAGUAUGCAUCAGGCUUUGAUUAAGUUAUUUCUGCACCUGCUCAAAAGCAAUAAGAAAUGCCAAACACUUCCUUUUAUCAUAUUUUGGCAACUGAGAAAAGGAAUAUUUCUUGCCUCCCCCUCCCUCCCAUUUAAGCCUGCAGAAGAAACUAAUGGACUGACUCACCCAGAAAAUUGAUUGAUUAACCCAGUCCAGCAUAUGUUCCAUUCACAAGCUGUCAUAGCAGUUGCUACAUUUUGGAUGGUUACAACAGCUUCCAACAAAUGCUGCAACUAACUAGAGUAGAUGACAAUUGUUUUUUUUGGGUUGAACACAUGUUUAAUCUUUGCAUAUUAAGUAACAGGUGCUAUUUCUCAGGUGAAGGUUCACCUGAUUCCAGCAUUAACAUGCAUAAAUGGUCACACUCUAAUCAUGAGGUUCAAUGUGAAUUCAGGGAUAAAUUUCACUAAUCCUAGGAGAGAAAUACUUUUGAUCUUUACAGAUGAAAAGAACAAACCUUCCUCUGGAAGAAGAGCUCUCAUCAUUCUUGGUAUUGAGGUUGACUAAAUCCACAUCCACAGACUGGCAUGUUUGUUCCAGUAUAAAUAAGGCUUACUGUGGCUAUUGAAAAGGCACAUGAACAAAAUUGUAGGAUGUACAUUUUCAAGCAACUUUUAUAUUCCAAGUUCAAUUGAUUUCAACUUUAUUUUUUUAAAGAUGUACAAUUCUGUAAGAAACAAACAUUGAAAUUUCAAUAAAAUACCUGUACUACCCC